AUGAAGACGGUUUAUUUAAAAACACUAACGCACGAAUCGACAACCGUCAGCGAUGUGACGCGGUACAGGGACUCGAUCGGCUGGAACCGCCCACAGCAGACAAUUGAAUUUGAUGCCGCUCGCUUGGCCGCAGGAUUCGAUCUUACAGGUCAAAAAUUCCGAAUGGAUUAUAUGUGGGCGCACGCAUACAAAACCUUCUACCGCCUGCACGACUUAGCAACAGAUUGGGAUCAAGCUCGCCAGAUGUGCGAAUCGGAGGGAACCACUCUCCUGAUUCCGUCGAGCCUCGAAGAAAUCGAAAACCUUAAGCUGCUCAUGAGCAACAUGAAGGCUCACUACACGGGGGUUUUCAUAGGCAUCCACGACCAAUUUGCCGACGGCCACUACGUCACCGUCAAAGGUGAGCCCAUAACUGGAACGAUUCUGGAGCUAUUGUGGGCGGAAGGUCGUCCGGACAAUCUGAACGGGUCAGAGCACUGUGUCAUCAUGACUAGAGAAGGAUUGUUUGAUGAUCGACCGUGCUACGAUAUUUUUCCCUUCGUCUGUAAGAUAUUAGGGAACGAUACGCGGUAUAACGAGCCGUGCGAUAGUUUCGACGCGGGCUAUUCGCCCCACGGUGUCGUCACAAAUAAGUGUUACAAGUUCCACGCCGAACCGCUAUCAUGGCACGAUGCGUACUUAGCUUGCAAACUGGAAGAAGGUCGUUUAGCCGUGGUCAACUCGGCAAAAGAAGCGAGCGUCUUCGUCGGCCUUUUGGGCGAACAUCUAAACAGCAACACGCCCGAUCCGAAUAUCCUGUAUAUCGGUUUCAGCGACUUAAUGUUUCCGUAUCAGUAUAGGACUAUACUCGGUCAAACUCUAGAAGAGGCCGGCUACGCGUCGUGGAGUCCUUUGAAAGAGACUCAAAAAGCUGCAACCGAUAAACGAUGCGGAGCCAUUUCGCGGGCUGGCUUCCUCGAAGUUACCUAUUGUGACCGCCCGGCCAUGUUCUUGUGUGAAAAGCCUCUUAAUAGGACUACAGUAGACGUCUCCACUACACCGGACACUUAA